AUGGAAAACGGCGCCAGCGACGCAAAAGACCCAUCCGGCUUCCUCAGUGAAAUUAUCGGCGCCCCCGUCACCGUGAAGCUCAACUCCGGCGUCGUCUACAAAGGCGAGCUCCAAUCCGUCGACGGCUACAUGAACAUCGCGCUCGAGCAGACGAAGGAAUAUGUCAAUGGGAAACUGCACCGGACGUAUGGGGAUGCGUUUGUGAGGGGGAAUAACGUCAUGUACAUCUCCGCCGAUUCAUAA